CGCGGACGAGAGUCUCUUGCCGUCGCUUGAAUGUUACACUGCAAGGCGGGAUGGACGCUGAGGAUUGUUGCAUGUCGAAAAAAGUAUAAAGAGUUUGGCAUGCCGAUCUGCAUGAGUCGUGGUGGUGGUGGGCCACGCAUGUACAUUCUUGCCGCUGCUGCCACUUGAGCCUCUAUUUCUUUGGAGAGAAACAAGAACCUCAGAUAAUCCCAAGCUCCACUCCCUUGGGCAUCGCUCCUCUACGGUGCUGCCAUGGCGUUUCUCACGCCCAAGUGGUACCAGUUCCUGGUCGGCGUCUUCGCCUCGCUCGGCUCUCUGCUGUUCGGUUACGACUUGGGAGUUAUUGCCCAGGUCAUCGCGUCGAAGUCGUUCAACACGAAAUUUCAGCCUAGCGACAAUGAGACCGGAGCAGUCGUCUCGGUCUUCACCGGCGGCGCCUUCUUCGGGGCCGCUUCUGCCGGGCCCAUGGGCGACUGGCUCGGCCGUAGGCUGACCAUCCUGAUAGGUGCCCUGGUGUUCUGUCUCGGCGGUGCUCUCCAGACCGGAGCUCAGGCGCUUUCGUAUCUCUACUCGGGCCGUGCCAUUGCCGGUCUCGGCGUCGGCAUCCUCUGCAUGAUCGUCCCGCUCUACCAGGCCGAGCUGGCCCAUCCCAGCAUCCGCGGCCGUGUCACGGCGCUCCAACAGUUCAUGUUAGGCAUCGGUAGUCUCGCAGCCGCGUGGAUCUCGUACGGCACCGACGUCGGCUUUGCCCCUGACAACGACGGUCAAUGGCGGACCUCCCUGGGCAUCCAAGUCGUCCCCGCCGUCAUCCUUGCCGCGCUGAUCCUCCUCUUUCCCGAGUCGCCGCGCUGGCUCAUCGACCACGGGAAGCCCGAUCUCGGCCUGCAGACGCUGGCCAGGCUCCACGCCCACGGCGACACCAGCGAUCCCUGGGUGCAGGCCGAGUUCCAGCAGAUCCAAGACGCCAUCACCUACGAGCACGAGCACGAGGCCAAGUCGUACUCGGAGCUGUUUACGGACCGGUCGUCCUUCCGCCGGCUCUUCCUCGCGUGCUCCCUGCAGGCUUCGGUGCAGAUGACGGGCGUGUCGGCGAUCCAGUAUUACUCGGUCACCAUCUACGGCCUCAUGGGCAUCAAGGGCGACGACACGCUCAAGUACCAGGCCAUCUCGUCCAUCAUCGCGCUGAUCGCGCAGGCGCUCUGCAUCUUGCUGAUCGACCGCUUCGGGCGGCGCUGGCCGCUCAUCCUGGGCAACCUGGGCAACUGCCUCACCUUCAUCAUCGCCACCAUCCUGCUCGCCAAGUUCCCGCCGGGCGCCAACGACAACAAGGCGGCCGCCUGGGGCUUCAUCGUCGUCACGUGGGCCUACAACUUCAGCUUCAGCGCCACCUGCGGCCCGCUGUCGUGGAUCAUUCCCGCCGAGAUCUUCGACACCAAGACGCGGUCCAAGGGCGUGUCCAUCGCCACCAUGAUCUCGUUCGCCUUCAACACCAUGAUCGGCCAGGUCACGGGUCCCGCCAUGAACACGGCCGGCUACAGGUUCUACUUCCUCUUCGUCAUCUGCAACUUCACCAACGCCCUCUUCUUCUGGGCCAUCCUGCCCGAGACGGCCAAGCGCCCGCUCGAGGAGAUGAACCGCCUCUUCACCGACGCCCCGCUCUUCGUCCCGGGCAUGAACAAGCGCGACUGGGCCGUUACCGAUCUGGAACACCGGGUCGAGGAGGUCAAGGCGAAGCAGGGGGAUGUUUUGCAUACCGAGGUUGGGGCCAAUCCCGGGUACGGCGGGCACUAAUAAAUUUUGUGGAGGGCCGUCGGCAAACUUGGAGAAAGUCUCUUGUAUAAAGGGUUGUUUCAGGAGUUCAGUUGAUGUAAUACAACAGCACUUGAGCGCAGGUCAGCGUUUGCUCUGGUGCCACGUGGUAAGGGAAAACAUGUUGAUGGCGUACCAGGUUCAUCUGAGUU